UGAGGAGAGAGCGACGGCGCUGUGAAAGACUGCGGGUGGAUUAACUGAACCAACAAAGCCCAGUGGAGAAUCACAGCAACGCAGCCCCGCUGAAAACCCAGCGCCCCAUUUUACAGUAGAAUGGCAUCAAGAAGAAUGGAGACCAAACCAGUGAUAACCUGCCUCAAAACGCUCCUCGUCGUCUAUUCCUUCGUGUUUUGGAUCACGGGGGCGAUCCUCUUGGCUGUGGGACUAUGGGGAAAGUUUAUGCUGGGUGCGUACAUAUCUAUCAUCGCUGACAGCUCCACCAACGCUCCUUAUGUUCUCAUCGGCACCGGAACAUGCAUCAUCGUGUUCGGACUGUUUGGAUGCUUCGCUACCUGCCGCGGGAGCCCAUGGAUGCUCAAGCUGUAUGCCAUGUUCCUGUCCCUGAUCUUCCUGGCAGAGCUCGUGGCUGGCAUCUCCGGCUUUGUCUUUCGUCAUGAGAUAAAGGGAACCUUCCAGAGGACCUUCAGUGAGGCAGUGAAGAACUACAAUUCCCAGGACGAGAGGAGCCUGGCUGUGGACAAUGUGCAGCGCAGUUUGAAAUGCUGUGGUGUGUUGAACUACACCAGCUGGUUGUCCAGUAUCUGGUUCCCUAACAACGGCAUCCCACCCAGCUGCUGUGCCAGCAUCUCUGACUGUAACGCUUCUGACCUGCACAAUGUCACCAUAGCCCCCAGCAAGGUCCACCAGCAGGGCUGUUAUGAGCUGGUGACUGACUUCAUUGAGACUAACAUGGGGAUCAUUGCUGGAGUGACAUUUGGAAUAGCUGUCUCACAAUCAAUUGGUAUGCUGUUGGCAUGCUGUCUGUCGAGGCUUAUCACUGCCAACCAAUAUGAGAUGGUGUAGCAGUGAGGUGCAGGGAGACCAGGAGGAGAGAGUACACGACACCUUGGAAACUGGGGAGGAACACACCCAAACGCUGGCACACUCCAUUCUUACUUUUCCACUCCUUAUCUUUCUUACUUUAUCACUCUCGUUUUCUCUCUUUCAUCUCUUUGAACACAUUCCUUAAUAUGCCACCAUGCCAUAAUUAAAAAUGUUACCUUUCAAGACCUUAAUUCUUCUAAAAUGAAUGGUUGUCGAUUAGCACCUGCCUCAGCCAUAUGCUCUGAUCCAGCGAUGCCUAAUUCAAACACUACCAAUCUUCACUUACACAAGUUGACAAUAUUCCUAAGAAAUUGCCUUGAUGCAACAUAGCAGUGGAACGAGGAGCUAUCUUCCCCAGUCUAAAUUUCCUGGAAAUCAUUUUAGAGAUGCCAUCAGAAUUUCCAAUAUGAGGUUUUUGAAAGAAACUUGAGCUCACUCAGAAGGGACUGAGUCUCUCUAACUGACACACACACACACACACACACACACACACACACACACACACACACACACACACACACACACACACACACACACACACACACACACACACACACACACACACACACACACACACACACACACACACACACACACACACACAGUCUGCUUUUUGCUGCUACACGGACUACAGUAAACCUACAUCCUGCUUCUAAUGACUAUCACUCUAAAUGACCUUGUGCAAGUUGCUCUCUGUGGAUGUGUAUUUGUGAUGCGUUUAGAUCCUCUGUAUUCAGUCCUGUACCUGGUGAUCUCUGCCACUCCUUCCUCUGUGCCUUCUGUCUGUCAGUCAUAAUCAGUCAUAAUGUUGUUUUGUUGUUGUAAUAUUUCAUCUUAAAAGUCUUAACUAGUCAUGUGUGUUUCUAUAACAGUAGUCUGAGACACAGACAUUUUUCUGGUUUAAACCCCAGUUUUGGUGUUCAAAUGUUUUUACACAUUCACCUUCUGCUUGAGAUCCCACUCUAUUUGACUAUCCUUGUCCGUUCUCCAGCACAUCCAGUUCUCUCUCUCUCCACCGCCACACCCCAGUACAUUCGGUUCCAACACCGUCCCCCCUGACUGACGCAUAUCGCUGCACAAACUAGAGUUUCAAUGAGUCAGCACUGCUUUCUGAUGAUGAGAGAAGACUAUUCUACUUCCUGUCUUUUGUUGUUGCCGUUUGCUUCUCACUAUAUGGUAAUGGUAGACAGAGAGAGAGCCAACAGGGCACAGACUGGUUGAAUCAACGUUGUUUCCACGUCAUUUGUGGAAUAGACGAUGAAUUAAUGUCUGUCCAGUGAUAGAAAGAGAGAGAGAUUCAUUCUCAGUGGCAGGACUUGAGGAGUUCUAGCUCGAUUCGGUCUGUCAUUGCUCUGGCUUGGAACAAUCAAAUGAAAUACCACUUUUUGAAGAUUUGCCACUUUUGUGUAUUACUUAAAUGGAGAAUCAGUAAUAUGACAGCAACCACUUAGGUGGGAAUGACUGUAGGAAUACUAUGCUUUAGCGAGGGCCUGGGGGUAGAAUGGAGUGGGGCAGACCACUGAGGUCACUGUAACUGGUUUCAUUCAAUUGCCAUGUGAGUACAGAAAACUGGUUCCAAGAUUCUAUUUCUGUAAUUACUAGGAUUCUUUUAGGUUUUUGUUGUUUGUUUUGGGGUUUUGACGCAUUCUGAAGUUGCUCUGUGUUUUCGGGGGAUCAGUAUAAAACCAAUGUACAUGAUCAAUUUAUCUCUCAAUCCAAAAUUGGACAGAUGAAAUAAGACUGUAUAAAAAACAAAGAAAACGUUUUAAAAUGCAUCACCAGCUAGCAUGCCAACAAAUGUAUGUUGAUAUUGUGAACAAUUGUGAUCUUGAAUCUAUGAAUAAAAUGGUCAUUACAUCGUU